UGAAGUUAGCGAGACCAGACUUCCGGUUGGGUGUGAGCCUCCAGAGAAUUUUACAAACAAACAGAGAAGUCUUGGUUCUGCUCCCGAAAAUGUCCAAGUCUCUGAAGAAGAUCGUGGAGGAGAGUCGAGAUAAGAACGUUCCGGAGGUGGAAAUGUGUGACCGAGGCAUCUCCAACAUGCUGGACAUCCCGGGACUGUUCACUCUGUCCAACAUCACUCAGCUGGUCCUCAGUCACAACAAGCUCACAGCUGUUCCUGCUAACAUCUCUGAACUGAAGAACUUGGAGGUUCUGAAUUUGUUCAAUAACCAGAUUGAGGAGCUGCCGACUCAGAUCAGCAGCCUGCAGAAGCUCAAACACCUCAAUAUUGGGAUGAACCGUCUGAACAGCCUCCCCAGAGGGUUCGGCUCUCUGCCUGCGCUGGAGGUUCUGGAUCUCACCUACAACAACCUGAACCAGAACUCCCUGCCGGGAAACUUCUUCUACCUCACGACUCUCCGGGCUCUCUACCUGAGUGAUAACGACUUCGAGUCUCUUCCUGCCGACAUCGGGAAGCUGAUCAAACUCCAAAUACUCAGCCUCAGAGACAACGACCUGGUGUCCCUGCCCAAGGAGAUCGGAGAGCUGGCUCAGCUCAAAGAGCUCCACAUCCAGGGCAACAGGCUGACCGUCCUGCCCCCAGAGCUCGGUAACCUGGACCUCACUGGGCCGAAGCAGGUGUUCAAAGCAGAGAACAACCCCUGGGUGACCCCCAUCGCAGACCAGUUCCAGCUGGGAGUCUCUCAUGUGUUUGAAUAUGUUCGCUCGGAGACAUACAAGUACUUGUAUGGCAGACACAUGCAGGCCAACCCCGAACCGCCCAAAAAGAGCAACGACAAGAGUAAGAAGAUCAGCCGUAAACCGCUGGCUGCCAAGAACAAGUGAGGAGGAAGCGGCGUCCGGCGUCCUGCAUGUUCCUGUUCUCUGGCUUCACCCCUCAUGUCUUUUUACAUCCUGUAAGAUUAUUCUGCCUUUCCCCGACGCUGUCUGCUCUACGGUCCCCUGUACUGCCACUGUUUCACUGUUGCAGCUUGUGUUCGUCUGUCCUCGGCUCUCCGACAGCAGCCCGGUGCUAAGAGGCGUGGUGGACGCCCUGCAGACUCUGAUUGGUUCAGAGAAUCCUCGGCGUCGCCAGCAGUCGUUCUCCCACAGCGAGGCGUUUCUCCGGAUGUCUGCUUUGCUUCCUUUCUUUUUGAAAUAACAGUGAAAACGUGAGCACCUUGAGGAGGAACACACCUUGCUCCGGUUGGUGCCGGUGAAAAGACUCGUUCACAUCCUCCAUGGUUCCUGUGACGCUCUGCGCUGUACGCUGCUCUCUUUAACUUUGGGUUUUUCUGUAUUAACUUCAUAAAAUGCAUCAAGAGCUUUGAAGGAUUUGCGGUUCACUCCAUCCCGUUCAACUACUGCGGCGGUAAUUUACACAUUGCCGGCUUUACUUCUGACAGGUCAUCUGCAGGGUCCGCAGCGUUCUGACCACCGGCCACUUUAUUAGGAACACCUGACUUUUCCCAUCAGGCCCUGUUUCCACCACAGCGUGAGUGUGGAACGAUCCGGAGCGGAACCAUUCGGACAGCAAACCUCUGCAUCCGUUUGGAAUCGGUUCUGGCUUCAGUGUGAAACGAGCUUCAGCGAAAACACUUUGGUUUUGCUUUGUGUUUACACUAGAGAUGAGCGGAUCCACAACCGCUUCUUAAACUCUCCAUCCGCCCGCCGUCCGCCCGCACCAAAGAUUUUUUAUCAAUUUUCAAAACCGAACCUGCCGCCAUCUGCGGAAUAGUGUUUCGGCUAAAAAAUGUUGCUUUUUUUUAUUUGAGUGCUUCAACCGCAACCCGCCCGAAUGUCAUUCAAAUCUUCAUUUUUCGACAGAUCUGCCCGAUCGGCGGUUAUCCGCAGGCUCCGCGGGUGCAACCGCAUUCCGCGCAUCUCUAGUUUACACAGCACUUCAACGUUUUGAAAAUGUCUGUUUCCACGGCAACGGCAGAAACACUGAGAAGAGUUUUAGUUCUCCUGUUGGUCCACUAGUUGGUGCUGUUGAUUGUUUUAUGAAACCCCACACACACACACACACACACACACACACACACGUUACAAAGAACAAUAAAAAUGGCGUUUACCCUGAUUCUGGGAGCCGUUGUUGUGUAAACAGACAAAAGUUUUUCACUUCCGCUUGAAAUCGCUGCCGUGUAAAUAUGUCCUGGUUCCACACGGGCAGCUAGCCUUCCUCAGAUCAUCCUCAUCACGUCCACAUGCUGGAACACAUUCAGUUCACCGGUCAGCUGGUUGUCAGUCGUUGGUGUUCCUAAUAAAGUGGCUGUGGGCGUAUUUCUACUUGUAUGAGACUGAAGCAGCAUUACCGAAACCUGAACCUCCUGUGUUCUGUGAUGAAUGUUGAAGGUUCGGGGUUCUGCAGCUCUCUGGACGCUCUGGAGUGGCUCCCUGGAGCGUUCACUGCCUUAAACCCAGACAGUGGAGCUGCUGCUUCUUCAUUCUUCCGGUUCAGCUAAUGUUCUGAGUCGUAACUUAGUGUGUUUAUAAACCGGACUGUGAUGGACGGCGUACAAUCCUUAAAACGGCGGGUCGCUUCAAUUUGAUCUCAUUCUUUGACUUCGUUAAUCAGUGAUUGGUGGAAUCUCUACUAAGCUCCGCCUCCUUGGGGCUCCCAGCUGUUUCUCUGCUCUCAUUGCAGAUAUUUCUGGCACUCAAGCGCCCUCUGUUGGCCAGCUGCCACCACUACAUGAGCAAAACAGCCCCUUUUUUAACAGCCUAACAUGACUAGGAUUUCAAAAAAAAAAAAAAGCGAAACAGUUAAAAUGUCAAAAGUAUCUUAAAUAUGCUGAAAAAUAAUAUUACAGUUGGAAUUAAAGCUUUAUGAAUGCAGCACAUGACAGUUGAUGUUCAUGAAUCAACACUAUAAGAACGGUUCACAGCUCUAUGGCCUCAUUUUAAAGAUUAAAUGUUUUUUGUGGCUGCAGUUAAGUUUGAUUUGGUUGAAAGUGACAAAAACAGCUCUUUAGCCAAUAAGGUUUCAGACCCCUGGGGCCUGGACUACGAAGCAUGCUUUAGCAUACCGGAGACCUCUCUGUCAGACCGCCCCCAUCAGCAGGACCACCGAGCAGCUCAUCAGCUGGCUCGUUCAGCCCAGGCUUUUCCAGCAGCGAUCAGUGCAGCUUGUCAUGUAGCCGCUAGGUCGACAUUGACACAGCAGUGCUGCAAAAACCAAAGCUUUGGCAGUUUCCCCUGCUGAUGGGACAACGUAAGUGGACCGUUAGAAGGUAGUUAGCCUGCUUCGUUGUACAGAAAACCAGGUAAAUCCUGACAUUAGCUCUGGAAGAGAAAACCAGCGUCGUAGUCCAGGCCUCUGCUCUGCUGCAAAAGACUGGAUGAACACUUCCUGUUGUGCGUCUUUUGUGUUGUGUGUGUUUUGUGUCAUUGCCCCCUCUGCCUUUGCGUUUGUGGUUUCAGUCUUAUUGAAGCUGCAGAUGAGAUUUCAGGAGAACUUGCCGCCCGGCUCGUACGGAGCAGACGAUCCGCUCUGGAGGACCUCGGUGGACUCUGGACUUUUUCUGUGCUUUACUAACUCAAACAGUGCCUUGCUUUUGCUGUCUUCAGCCAUCAAGUUAUUUUAGCAUUAGGAAUGUGUACUCCUCUUUUUGACUAACACAAAUUGAAUUGAAUAUAUUCCAUAAUAUUAAAUGUUUCACUUCAGAAGCAAGCCUGAGACAGUUCACCGCGGCUUGUGAUGAGGCCUGUCUUUUGUUUCCUUAUCACUGUGUAUCACAAUAUAUUGUUUUGUUCACUGAUGCUGCCAGUUUGUACACAAUAAAGAAAAGUUUAACUUGUUUUUAACCUUUGAUCAAAACGCUUCCGAGACGAUGUUCACACAUUCACACUGAGGAAGUGAUGAAUGCCGCUGAACAACUGAUUUCAAAGACAAAACACAUAAUAAAAGCAAUUCUGAUAUAGUCGUUGUUCUGUAUUCACUCCAGUCUGUGAGCAGCAUUAAAACCUGACCAAAUGUU